AGAGCAGAACAAACAAUGAGUUUGCCUUGCUGCAAAGUAUUCCUCACUGCCUUACUUUUUGUCUCCUUUUCGGUAGUAGCUACCAAUUCUUACACGGUUAUGAAUCUUGGAGAAGACAAGGGGACUAUCGUAUCCCCUGGUAAAAUAUUUGAACUCGGACUCUUCAAAGGUACAACAAGUGUUCCGUACAUAGAUAGAUGGUAUCUCGGAAUUUGGUAUAAAAGAUUUCCCGAGGCUGUUGUAUGGGUAGCAAACAGGGAUAAUCAUCUCCACAAUUCCACUGCAACCCUCAUAUUCUCGUCCUCUUCAUCAACCCUUAAGCUGGUCGAUCAAUCUGGCGGGGUUGUGUGGACGUCGCAACUGAGAAACAGGAUCAAUAACCAACGCAUUGUCCCAGAGCUUCUCGAUAAUGGUAAUUUCGUUUUCAGAGAACAACUUGCAGCUGGAUUUCUGUGGGAGAGCUUCGAUUCCCCGACGGACACGUUACUCCCGGGAAUGAAGUUAGGUUGGGACCGAAGAACGAACGUAAACACGACGAGUCUAAGGUCAUGGAAGAGCUUAUAUGAUCCUUCAUAUGGAGACUAUAAAUUUCAAGUUGAAAUUUGGGAGCUCUCGCAAGGCUUUAUAUGGAAGAAUGAAGAUAUGUACCUACAAAGCCGUAUUGGCCUUAGCAACCACGAUAGAAUUUUCAAUAUCACAGAGAGCAGCGAGGAAGCCACUUGCACUUUGGCUAUGAGCUCAAAUGCUAGCUUGCAUUCAGCUUUGAGAAUGACCUUCACUGGAUCUCUGCAGCUGUUUGUGGAACGGAAUUUGGUAUGGUCUAUACCAUUUGACCAGUGUGACGUUUACGAUGCAUGUGGUUUCAAUAGUUACUGCGCCAUUUCCAGCAGUAAGUUGCACUGUAUCUGUUUACCAGGGUUUCACCAGUUGCCAGACUCGAAGACCGGAUGUGUGAGGAGAUCACAGCUGAGCUGCCCAGAAAGGGUAGAUUUUACACUCAUGAAUAAUAUGAAAUUGCCAAGUACUGAGGGAACCAUCGUGGACUCUAGAGCUGGGAUAGAGGAAUGUAGGGCGAGGUGUGCUACGAAUUGUACUUGCACUGCGUUCGCUAGUACAGACAUCCGAAAUGGUGAGUCGGGUUGUGUCAUGUGGAACGGGGAUUUGGUAGAUGUUCGGAGUGAGAGCUCCAACAGAGGUCAGGAUCUUUAUGUAAAACAUGCGGUUCCUGAUCUCGGGUUGAAUAGAAAAACGAUCAUCGGAUCAACUGUAGGAGGAUGUUUGUUACUUGUUCUAAGUAUCAUCAUCCUUUGUUUCUGGUUGAAAAAAAAGAAUCUGGCAACUGAUGAUAGUGUGUCAAAAGAGACAAACCAAGAUCUAAUAAUCAAAAGAGACGAAGACUGGGGAUCGAAAGUCAUUGACUUUGAAGUUAUUGCCGCGGCAACAAACAACUUUUCCGAUAACAACAAGCUUGGAAAAGGUGGUUUCGGUAUAGUUUACAAGGGACAGUUAAGCCACGGGCAAGAGAUCGCGGUGAAACGAUUGUCUGAGAUGACACCAAAAGGUGUAGAAGGCUUCGCAAUUGAGACGAAACUAAUUGCAAUGCUACAGCACACAAACCUGGUACGACUUGUGGGGUUUUGCUCUAACGCAGACGAGAAGAUCUUAGUGUACGAGUUUCUUGAAAAUUCAAGUCUGGACAGAUAUCUCUUUGAUACAACCCGAGGCUCCCUUCUGAACUGGGAGUACAGAAUGAAAAUCACUCUCGGCAUUGUUCGAGGGCUUGUCUACCUUCACCACGAUUCUCGGUUUAGGAUCAUUCACUUAGAUCUUAAGCCGGCUAAUGUAUUGCUGGACAAAGACAUGAGUCCAAAGAUUUCGGACUUUGGAAUGGCAAAGAUCCUUGGAGGAGAUGAGACUGAAGCUCAUGUUACAACCGUGAAGGGGACAUUCGGUUACAUCGCCCCAGAAUACAGGAACGACGGGACAAUCUCAGUAAAAUCGGACGUUUUCAGCUUCGGAGUAAUGGUUCUUGAGAUUGUUAGUGGCAAGAGGAAUAUCGAUUUCCUUAAUCUCGACGACGGAAGCACUCUUCUCAGCUACAUAUGGCAACGUUGGAGCGAAGGGAACGGGUUAGAGAUCGUUGACCCGGCAAUCAAAGACUCAUCAUCGUCUGUGUUUCCCCAAGUUUUACGAUGUAUCCAGAUCGGCUUGCUUUGUGUUCAACCACUACCAGAAGACAGGCCAACGAUGUCUGCGGUGGGACUGAUGCUCGCAAGGGAAGCAGAGGUAAUACCUCUCCCUCGAUCACCGGUGGAGAUUGGGUCUUCGUCCAGAGGAGGACAAGAGGAGAGCGUAUCUGGAACAGUUCCUGAUAUAACCAUGUUCAUUGAGUGUCGCUAAGCGUAAAUAGAUGGAACACUUCUUUACGUAUCACACAUAACAAUAUCCAUUACUUUUAAAUCGACUUUCUAUGUAUUGUGUCCUUUUUCUUACGAUUUUGUUGAAUAUU